AUGCGUGCCUUUGAUAACGGCCUUGGUGUGAACGGCUUCGCUGGCGAUGACUCAUUAUCCCCCCUCGGCUCUCUACAUGCUCCAUACCUACCGAAAUGCAUCAUGGAAAGUACCGAUACAGAAUGUCCCUGGGGAGCCUUCGAUGUUACCAACACCAACCAACUGACCACCCGUCCCGAGACGAAUGUCACCCGAUACUAUGAUUUCAACAUCACGAGAGAAACAGUAGCCCCCGACGGCGUCGAGGUACAACUUUUAUUAGUCAAUGGUGAAUUUCCAGGGCCGUUGAUGGAGGCCAACUGGGGGGAUUGGCUCGAAGUCACUGUUCAUAAUAACAUACCAGAGGAGGGCUCGACGUUACACAUGCAUGGAAUCUUGCAGCAAGAGACACCAUGGAUGGAUGGAGUACCUGGUAUCUCUCAGUGUCCGAUUGCGCCGUAUGGCACAUUCACAUAUCGAUUCAAACCCGACUUAUAUGGUGCUUCUUGGUGGCACUCACACUGGGAAGGUCAAUAUGUCAGCGGCAUGUCCGGACCAUUGGUUGUCUACGGGCCGACUCACGUCGACUACGAUAUCGACGUCGGCCCGGUCUUCGUCACGGACUACUUCCAUGAUUACUACACGAGCAUAGCUGCCGGCUUCAUGGAGAAUGUAAUCGACGUCACUCUCUCCGACAACAACCUGAUCAACGGCAAAAACUCAUACGACAGCAAUGGCGCACCACUUGCGGCCUUCAACUUCCAGUCAGGCAAGGUGCACCGACUUCGCCUCGUCAACGGUGCCGCGUUCGCUGUGGAGAAGAUUUCCAUCGACGGUCUCAACAUGUCAGUCAUCGCCAACGACUUCGUUCCAAUCGUGCCCUAUUCAACAGAUGUGGUGACUCUCUCACCCGGCCAACGGACGGACGUGCUCGUCCAAGCGACAGACGACUCUACAGACUCUAGGUGGCUGCGAGUGUACAAGCCACCGAACUGCUCGCCCGGCAAGGAGGGAUCAUACUUGGCCCUUGCGGCCAUCUUCAACGAGGGUGCCGACCGCACCAAGGCGCCCACAACGGAAGCUGGGCCCAACGCCUACAGCGCCUACUGCGGCAACGACCCUCUCUCACUCACAGCGCCAGCGCUGACCUUGACGCCGCCGGAACCGGACGUCACCGAGAUCCUGCCGAUCGAGUUGCGUCCGAACGGCACGUCCAACCUGUGGUACAUGGCCAACCGCACGUUCCGCGUCGACUACAACGACCCGAUGCUGCUGAACGCCAAGAAGGGCGACCUGGACUUCCCCCACAUCCAGAACGUCCACGACUACGGCAGCAACGCGUCGCUGCGGUUCAUCAUCCAGAACACCGGCUUCCAGCCGCACCCGAUGCACCUGCACGGCCACAACUUCUGGGUCUUGCAGGAGGGGGCCUGCACUGAUAACGAGACCGUGUUUCCCCGCGGCCAGGGACGACACGGGGACGGGGAAAUCGGACACAUGAGGUCGCCGAGCCAGAUGUCUAAUCUGUUUGGUGGAAGACAUCACCACCACAAGCUCGAACUUGCGGUCACGCCCGUCGAGGAGCACAUGGUGCGACGUUCCGACGGCUUGAAUUUUGGCAGCAGCGACUACGGGUCCUGCUGGGAUGGAUCGAUCGUCAAUCCCACCAACCCCCAGCGACGCGAUGUGCAGAUGCUUCUGCCCGGCAGCUACAUCGUCAUCCAGUGGAUGCAGGACAACCCGGGUCUCUGGCCACUCCAUUGUCACAUCGCCUGGCACUUGACUGCCGGCUUCAACUGGAUGAUUCUCGAGCGCCCUGACGAUAUCAUCAGCGGUAUGCCGAUCCCGGACGCCGUGGCCCAGACUUGCACAGAUUGGAAUGCUUGGACUAGCAACCAUAUCGUUGAACAAACGGGCGCCGGCCUAUAG